CCAAGAACAGAUCCAUAUUAAAAAAUAAGCCUUAUUGUAGAAAUAAUCCAGUGAAUAAAGCUGUAUAUAAAGCUGAGAUAGCUUCUCUCUGGGCUCCAUGCACAGAAGACAGGAAGGUUUAGGAAUGUUUUUCAUGGCUGCUGGAAGCAAGGAUUCAUUUAAACCUGGAAUGGUUUCAAAAUGUGAGCUUCAGCAGAGAAAUCUUGGAAAAUGCCAAGUCAGGAGUGCUCUGGAGUGGUGUUUGGUGUAGGAAGCUUUUUAUUUGGUCAAGAGCAGCCAGUUCCAUGUUUUCUCUGAUGAAGUGAGCACAGAAUCACCCUUUCAGCAAGAUUAGGUAACACUGUUACUGAGUAAGCAGGAAGAUGAAGUAGUUUUACAUCACUUGUAACAAACUAGCUGGAAUCAGGCUAGUUUGGAAUCCUUUGAUGUUAAGUGAGGUUUCUGCACCAUCAGAUGAGCAUAUGUUUACAAGAGUAAAGGCCAUUUGUAUGUGGAGAGACUCAAUUAUUUUAAAUUAAAAUAAUUGUCAAAGAUUCUCUGACAGGCUCAAGCAGCAAUGCAAAACUGCCUGGAGCUUUGUGUUGAGGCCACUUGAUAAAAUAUGUGAGUGGCCACACAUCCCUGUCUGCCCCUCACACCCCCAUUCUUCACAUCACACUACAGACUUGUCAGCUACAGGAACAUGACUCAGAGUUAUCAUUAACCCCACUGCAACAACACACUUCUCCUGGGUUCCUCCAGUCUUAGCACAAAUAGGUCAGUGGAAAAGAUUCCUGCUUGUGCACACAGUCUGUGCUUGCCUCUAGGGAUAAAGGUAACUUAGAACACAACUGCAUCAAUGUGACAGCAACACUUGUAAUGCUGCCACGCAGCAGAUGGAAGCAGUUUCGUUAUGGAGAAUGUUGCUUAAGGUCUUGUUACAGAGAGGAAAAGUGGAAAUCACAAGUGAUCAUAUCACAGGCUUAUCCUUGUCCUUUUCCAAUCAAUGUUAUUAUUUAAGUACCAGUUCAUUACAGCAUUCUUGUCCAGAUUAAGACAGUAAAAUUAAGGUACAAACCACAUACUUUUAUCUGCUUGUGCCCUCAUCUCUGGUCCUUAAGGCAAGGGGACAGAAAAACAUUGCUUUGUUAGCUGUUCUAGAAAAUGCCAGCCAAGUCCCAGGCACAUAUUUAUGACAUGACACAGAGGUCAAAAGCCACAGAGCCUGAGACUUAAUGGCUGCUGUGUACUUGGAUUUUCCUCUAUUUGGAGGUACUAGUGAGAAUGUGUGUCAGGUUGCACCAUAAUCCCAUCCCCAUUCACUAAGUUUUGGAAUGUAUAUAAACAGAAUAUAUGUCCCCAUGCCUGCCCUACUGCCUCGUGCAGCUGUUGACAUGUUCUCUCAAUGUUUACGUGUGAAAACAAGAGUGCUGGAAAACAACCUCUUGGGAAAACACUGAGGAUUGUUCUCCAGCCUGGGGGUGCUCCACCAGGAACAGUCAACUCUUUGUCAGGAACAUCAACUGGACACACAAACUCACUGGGGGUUUGUUCUGGGCCUCUCUGCUUCAGAAACCAAAUAAGAAUCCAUUCUGGCCUUGUCUUCAUCUACAGAGUUAUUGCCCCCCCUUUCAAGGUAAUACUUCUCAGUGCUCAGUAUUGGGGUAAAUUUGUGGAGAUUUGCCAAACUACUGUUGCUUGACUUUUUUUCCUAUUUGGAGGUGUUCAAAAACACUUCCAUCCCUGGGGUGACAGGGGAUGGUGACAGCUCACUUUACCCCAGCCCAUGACUUUCCAUGCCUAUGGCUCCUGAGUAAAGAUCAAGCAGCUUCUGCUCUUCCAAACACUCUCCUGCUGUUCCUGUUUGACCCUAGCAUAGCACAGGUAAAAUGGAGAAAUAUUUCACUCCAUAAAAUAUUUUACUCCAUUUAUUUUUUUAAAAUAAAAAGCACAAAGCAUGCAGAGAAGUGGUUACACAUUUCAGGCCUCAACCUGUUCAAAUAAACUCUAGUAGCAAAUAACUGUACACCACUCUCUGUGGCUCUGAAGAGAUUUGUGGCUUUAGAGAUAAAUUCACAAUUGCUUUUCGGCAUGGUUUUACUUCCCUUUUCAGAACAGGAGUGUAUCACACAGCAUCCUGAUGAAAUUCUCAGCAAGCAAAGUGGGUUUCCUGUUAAAAAGUCAUUCCCAGCUAUUGAUGUAAAAUGUUCCAGAGAGCUCAGCUGAAUUUGGCUGCAAGGAAUUUGCACAAACCACGACAAACUGAGAGGUGUUCUCAGAACACAAACUGUGCAGUUUAAUCUGCCCUAUUGUGCUGGUACCAAACUAUGUCUGGAGCUGCAGCUGGCUAAAUGAAGAGCCCAGCGUUGCUGUGUGUAUUAUAAGCAGGACAGGAUUUCACAAUAGCUUUGUAUAACCCCUUUGUGCAGAUAUCCAAGGGCUAAGAGGGCUGAUUAACCUCAAAUGCCGCUCAGAACAGCCAGCCAUCAGAGAACACUGUCUGUCUUUCAUAACAUGCCAGCAAAAAUCUCGUGAGGAUGGUCUCAGCAGAGUGUGCAGCCAGAUUUCUACCUACCCUUCACCCCUGUGGUCAAAAGGAAAAGCUGGCAUUCUGUAUAGCACCACUUUCCCAUAAUCCAAGUCAGGUGGGGGGAAGAGACACAUUAUUCAUGUGAAAUCCUUUCUCCCAAAGCACAAAACCUGCCACUGACCCUGUCAUAAGUGGGCACCCAGCCAUGGCAAACAGGGGAAGUUACACAAGGGUGCAAAACUGUUUAUGGAGCCAGAUCACACACUAGUCCCAGUGUUGCCUGGUGGAUAGUAGGUGGGGCCUUUGGCAUUUGCGUGGGGGCUCUCCAAUGAGACCCAGAGCAGGACAAGGCUCCAGCCUUCUGGUUUUCAUAACAGCAGCCCCCUCCAGUAGGGUUGAGGCAUGGGAGGAGCUUGCCCAAACUCAAAUAAACACUGACAUGCAGCAUCUUAUGAGGAUGUGCAGCCUCCACAGGACACACUGCAACAGCUGGAAGGACAAGCACUGAAACUCUCUGGCAAGAUGAUCAAGUCCUUCAAGCAAACAUUUCUGUCCCUGGACCUGCAGUCCCCUCGUUGGAGCUCAGCAGAGGCAAUGGCAAAGGACUAUGAACUGCGUCAGUAUGAGACAGCCAAGUGGGUCAGCACAGUCAUUAGGGGGGAAACCCAGAAGGAAGCCAUGCGCCAGGGCUUCUGGAAACUCUUCCACUACAUCCAGGGAAAGAAUGAAAAAGAAAUGAAGAUUGAUAUGACUGUGCCAGUGACCUGCCUGGUAAAAUCAGGCUGCACAGACUUCAAGAUCUCUUUCUUUGUGCCAUUUGAACACCAGGACUGCCCUCCCCAGCCCACUGACUCUGAUGUGUUCAUUGAGGAACGGAAGGCAGCAGCCCUCUUUGUCCGGUCCUUUGGUGGAUUUGCCUCCCCAGAGAAAUAUGCUGAGGAAGCUGAUGCCUUGGCCAGAACCUUAAGAAACAGAGGCCAACCAUUCCACGAAGACUUCUUUUAUACUGCAGGCUAUGACAGUCCCUUCAAGCUCUUUAACAGGCAUAAUGAAGUGUGGUAUUUUAAAAAGUAACACCAUGGGGGAAUAUUAAGAGGCUACUAAUCAGCUCUGGAUGAAAACAGACAUUGGCUUUUUAAUGCAGAAGAAAUUUAAUUCACAUGUGGACGCUGUGUAAAUUUAUUUUCUCUCGGAUUAAGUACUUUUCUGGAUAAAAACAUUUUUAAAAUGUAAUUCAAGACCAUACCAGGUAGAGGGGGUGGGAAACAAAGUUAGUCCUCCUAUUGAAAGAUUCUAAGCAACACUAAUAAUGUGGAAAUAAUCCUGCUGAAUUUGAAGUAUGUAGUUUAUUUCUCAUUAGAAGUGCUACAGCAGUAGUUGGAACUGUUAUGGAAAGGGAGUUCUUCAUAACUAACUUUCAUAAGCUGACUUCCCUCAUAUUGACUCCACCCCUGAGACCAGGGAGGAAUUCAAAUUUUUCAGAGAAGCAAGCUUCCAUUAAGAAGCAUUAGAAAGCUGAAACAUCUUAGCAGGCCUUAGUGACUUAUAAACAGUAACUGUUGGUAAUUAGUAUUAUCAAAUUCUCCCAUCUCCUAAACUUCUUCCCUCCUGAAGACCAAGUGUUGUGCUGUUUAAAUCCAGAACCCUUGGAAAUGGGUUAUUAAAUCCUAGCUGUACACUUGUUUUGAGAUCUGCACCUGAAUAUGUAAUGCCAGGAUUACUGAUAGACUAUGACUUCAGUAGCAUAUAUAUAAAGUUUAGCUCUCUCCUUAAAACACUGGAAACAGUCCUUAAGUUAAUUAGUUUUGACUAAAUAUGGUCCCUUGCAGCUUGCACACCAGCAGUAUUUGACACCUCACUU